CGGCAGGGAAUUAAAAAAAAAAAAAAAAAAAAACAUCAACCAACGCACACGGAUUAAUCGAAGGAUUAUAGUCCUGGCAAAUCUAACGAGUGGAUAACGGAAACGCCUGGAGAAUCUCGUCAGAAUCAUCCUGCCUCCGAUAAAUUAAUGCAUGCCCUUGGAUCGUGUUCGAUGUGGUCUUGGUUCAUUCGUAUCCAUCACUCUCAGCCGCCGAGUCACCGAAGUCUGGUCAAGGAUCUAGCGUAAGCCGCAAAUAGCAAUAGCCAAAGAGAGCCGGAGGAGAUCUGCAGUGGGAGCAAAGCGCCGAAGUACAAAUGCAUCAAUCGAAACUAAAACUGAAUCUGUAACUGAGAAACGGGUACCAAGCAACUAGCUCCCUUGGACACGGACACGGACACGGACACGAACACCUUGACGCAACACUAAAACAUCAAGAGCAACAACAACCAAUUAGAUUAGACGACUGGAAGUCCAGUGGAGCUGAGAGGACAGCAUCCCACCACCAACAGCACCAUCCAAACAUACAUCUUCUACACGGAACGGCGGCGGGUCGAGCGUAGUGGCUGCAGCACGCGAAAGCGUCCAUAAAUCUAGUUAGCAUGGAGUGCUGUUUAUCGGAGGAGGCCAAGGAACAAAAGCGCAUCAAUACGGAAAUCGAGAAGCAGUUGCGCCGAGACAAGAGAGAUGCGCGUCGCGAGCUUAAACUGUUGCUGCUGGGCACUGGCGAGUCCGGCAAGUCGACAUUUAUCAAACAGAUGCGUAUUAUCCACGGCAGUGGCUACUCGGACGAGGACAAGCGCGGGUACAUCAAGCUGGUCUUUCAGAACAUAUUCAUGGCCAUGCAGUCAAUGAUCAAGGCUAUGGAUAUGCUGAAGAUUUCCUAUGGUCAGGGAGAGCAUAGCGAACUGGCCGAUCUGGUGAUGAGCAUCGACUACGAAACAGUCACCACGUUCGAGGAUCCAUACUUGAAUGCCAUUAAAACGCUGUGGGACGAUGCUGGCAUCCAGGAGUGCUACGAUCGUCGUAGGGAAUAUCAAUUGACAGAUUCAGCCAAAUAUUAUCUGAAGGAUCUCGAUCGUGUGGCUCAACCUGCAUAUUUACCCACUGAGCAAGACAUUUUAAGAGUUCGUGUGCCGACAACAGGGAUAAUUGAGUAUCCCUUUGAUUUAGAAGAAAUCAGAUUUAGAAUGGUGGACGUCGGCGGCCAGAGAUCCGAGAGAAGAAAGUGGAUUCAUUGUUUUGAAAAUGUGACAUCAAUUAUAUUUUUGGUAGCGCUAUCGGAAUACGAUCAAAUCUUGUUUGAAUCUGAUAAUGAGAAUCGAAUGGAAGAGUCUAAAGCUUUAUUUAGGACGAUAAUUACCUAUCCAUGGUUCCAGAACUCGUCAGUUAUUCUUUUCCUGAACAAGAAGGACUUGUUGGAGGAGAAAAUUAUGUAUUCGCAUUUGGUAGACUAUUUCCCUGAAUACGAUGGUCCACAGCGUGAUGCAAUAGCGGCCCGAGAAUUCAUACUGCGAAUGUUUGUAGAUUUAAAUCCAGAUUCUGAAAAGAUUAUCUAUUCUCAUUUCACCUGUGCUACCGAUACGGAAAACAUAAGGUUUGUGUUUGCAGCUGUUAAGGACACAAUUCUGCAAUCGAACCUUAAGGAAUACAAUUUGGUCUAAACUGGAUUUUGGAUCGAAGAAACUAUUUUUGUGAUUUUUAUACAAACACACACACACCACACACACAUACACAUUCAUAUAAUUCCUUUUUCGCAUAUUUACUAAAUAUAAAAGAGAGAAGAAUUGGAGUAGCGCGAGCGAAUGUGGCCGAAAAUUAGGCAUUAAUUACAUAGAUCCCGAGAAAGUUUCUUAAGUUUGUGUAACAUCAGGAACCGAAAAAAAAUUGUAGCAUAAAAAGAAAAUAGAAUACGAAAUACUAAAAUGAUGAUAAACCCAGCAGCAGCGUCACUAAAAAAGAAUUGAAAGAAAUGAUAUAAUGAUGUGUAUACAUUUUAAUUUUUCGAGAGAAUGAAGGUUUAACGAGAGAAUAAUAUAACAAAAGAAAAUCUGAUACAAGUACCGAUGCAAGGUGACCGCAAGUAGCCCCAGGAGCCAAGUUAGUUUCUCGCUUUAUACUACGAAUAUAUUGAAGAUCGUAGAAGGAAUACCUUUUGUACUAAAACUUUGACAACGGACAGCUUUUUUUACUGAACAAAUGCAUUGUGAUUUUAGCACUGUUUCGGCAGGGAAAACUCUUGUUAGAAAAGGGAAUCGUUCGAGAGAUGGCAUGACGCGACGAUGAUUUCCCCAAAGAGUUUUGAUAGAAAAGUACGCUAGGAAGGUGGUUGCUGUCACCCUGCAUCGGUAAUAUUUAAACAAACUUGAUUACUAUAGAAACUUUUGUAAAAAAAAAAAA